AACAUGUGUUCUACCGUCAGUGAUACGGUUUAAUUUUCUGCACAAAAAUCUGCAAGUAAGAGCCUUGAGAGGCACAGCGAUCAAACCAACCGGAGCUCGGUGAUCAUCUUUCUGUUCGGCUUUUGUCAACUCAGCUUCGUUUGAAUCGGCGACGUGAGCCAAGAUGAAGCCGCCUCCUCGUACUCGAGUUAAACCAGGUCGCAUCCGGACACCUGACGGGUCACCGCUGAACUCAGGUAGAGUGUCCCAAAACUGGAAGCGAUUUGAGCGGAACAAUCUUCUGAAGGCCCUGCAAACGCUUAGCGUGACGACUGAAGGCCAAGGUGACAUCGAUUAUGCCGCCCUGAGGAAACAGGUGCCCACUCGGUCCGUCGCAGAGAUCCACGCUGUUGUAGAGGGUCUUAAAGACAAAGUGAUCUCCUCUGCGAGCUUCUACCUGAAAAACAAAGACGGGAUGGUCAGAAAGCCCAUCGAGAUGUGGACACAUAUGGCUUUGGCUGUGACUGGAAGCCUCAACGAUCCCAUUUGUAGAGCUUUCUCUCAGAUGCUGAUAGUGUCAUCCACUGAACCUCGUACUCUGAGGAACUGUGACCCUCCUCAGGACAACAGACUUGCCAAAGACGCAGGCAGGCGUCUGGGUUGCAGCAUCCCACAGAGACGAAUGCUUCGUUUGUCAAGCAAAGGUAAGCGCCCUGGCACCAACACAGCCCAUCCUUUUGUGGUAUUCAAGACGCCAGCACCAACCAUAGGUCGGGCCAUGAGACUCCCAGUAUCAUCCAAUGUGGUUAGAUUGCCAAAUAACAGAAUCCCUCCACCCCAGCAACAGCCUUCAAACGCAGCUGGAACCCGACCUGCUGCCACCUCCCACCCCCCAGGUACAGCAGAGGAACUCGUGCCUCCUACAACUCCACAGCUUGUGUCACAGACUGUGAUCCCAGUCACAACCUGUUCAAAUACUACUUCAGAGGUGAAGUCUGUGAGUGUUGGCAGCCUUGUAGAGCAGCCUACACAGCAGCUGUCAAAGCAGAAACCCUCCACCAUCUCUACUUUAAAGUCCCAUUCUUCCAGUCCUGACAUGCCCAUCGCUUCGUCUGCCACCAGUCUCACCCCGCUCCCCAGUACUGCUCCAUCCUCUGUGAAGUCUUCCAAUUCAGCCACCUCCAACCACCCGGUGGCCCCACUCUCCACACCUGCUGCUGCGUUUCCUUCCAGGGUUGGUUGCGCCAGCAAAUCUGCCACUAAAAAAACGAUCCGGACCUUCGAUGUCAACUCUUAUGUGGACUUUGAGAGGAUCUAUCACUACAUGAGCGCCCUGCACGAGACGGACGACAAGCGCCCUCUCACCCCCAUGGAGGGUGCUAUCGUGUUGGACCUGUUGAUGUCUCUUCCAGAGGAGCUUUCCCUGCUGCCCUGCACCAAACUGCACAAACAUCUGAUCCAGAUGUACCAACGUCUAUCAUCCCCUGCUAUCUCCAUGGAAGGCGGAGAACUGUUUAAAGACCCACAGGAUGGACUCGCUGCUCAGACAGGUGGUCAAGACAUGCCAGCCUGUCAGCAGAACACUGCUCAGCCCUUUCACAGCAGUGGAGUCCAGGACAGUGAAGAGCCAGAGGCGGCUGAGAGCCAAUCAUCAGGAACCAAAAACUCCUCCAUCCAACCAGGGAAGGACAAUGAGAUGGGAUUCCCCCCCCUCAAUCCUUUUUCGGUGCCACUGCAACUUUUGAUGCGUAGAUAGGUUGCAUUGAAAAUGUAUGAAUCAAAUCACAGCGUGUUGCUACCCCCAGGAGUCGUCUCAUCGUAACAUGAUUUUCUCGUUUUGAUAAUACUCUCAAUAUUUUACCAUGAUUGUGUAAUACUAACAUAUUUUGUUUUAGAAUGUGUUCUUCAUGGUAGUAUUAGAUAUUUAUGUUUCAACAACAAAUAAAGAAAUUAAGUAUUUAAUGUGAAUAACAAAGAAUGAAAAUUUUAGAAUUUAUUUUUUAUAAAAGAUUCUUAAACCGCUUUCUUAAAGGACUUA